AUGUCAACUACUGAUCCUCAUCUCAUCCCGAAGUACGAAGCUGGUGAGAAGCUUCUGUGUUUUCACGGUCCUCUUUUGUACGAGGCCAAGUGUCUUGACGUUAAGGUCAAGGAUGGUGCUGUUAUGUAUUUUGUUCACUACCAAGGUUGGAACAAGAAUUGGGAUGAGUGGGUUACGGACAAACGUAUAUUCAAGUACAAUGAAGAGGGUUUGCGGAAACAAAAGGAAUUGGAACAUCAAAUCAAGUCUGGGAAGAAAGUGAAAAUCUUGCGCAAGUCAGAUCUCCAAAAACAGUCUUAUCCACCACCGGAGAUAAUGGAUGAAAUCGAACAAACUCUGCGUCCUAUAGAGGAGAAACCGAAAGUGGAGUCUGUGAGCCCUCCAAAGACGAAGCCUAAGCGCUCUGUCGACACCCCUGUCACAGAAGAAUCCAAGAGCACCGUGCCCCCGACUGUGGCAACAGUGGCUCCAGUAGCUGCACCCGAGCCGGCUACCACAGUGCCACCAAAGGCAUCCGAACCUGUUAAACCCGCUGUCUCAGUGCAUGAGGAUACACCUAGUUCUGUUACACCAGCAUCUGGUAGACGAAGGAAAGGACGCACUGGUACUUCGGAUGCAUCUAUUGAGAAUGACGAAGGUUUUCUCACAGCUCCUCAACUCAAAGUCGACCUUCCAGCCAGCUUGAAGGCAUGGCUCGUUGACGAUUGGGACUUGAUCACAAGACAAGCAAGGCUGUAUGAACUUCCGUCGUCCUGUCCAAUAUCAUCUUUGAUGAUGGACUUCUUGCAACAUGCGUCACCAGCUGAAAUGAAGACCGAGCUAACAGACGACACGGCUAUUAGUGCCAAUACAACCGCCCCCUCGGUGUGCAUCACGUCCGACAUCCGACACGAAUUCGUCGCCGGACUUCAACACUGCUUCAAUCAAGUGCUCGGUUCGCAGUUGCUGUACAAAUUCGAGCGACUACAAUACGCUGAGUUACUCAAACAACAUGCUGAUAAACGUAUGUCCGACGUCUAUGGGUCGAUGCAUUUAUUGCGACUUUUUGUCAAACUACGUGAACUGAUCGCUUGCACCCGUGUGGAUCCCAAUAGCCUACCUAUCCUGGAGGCCUUGGUUUCCGAAUUUCUCGACUUUCUGCAUCAGAAUCGGAAGCGCUAUUUUCGGCUGGAAGAUUACACGGUAGCAACCGCUGAAUAUCAACGUCGCGCCAUGUGUUGA